AUGACAGACGGACGAACGGUUCGGGCACGAAGGCCCGCCGCAGGCAACGAAUAUCUCCCUUCUAUUUAUCGACCCUUCGUCGCCGCGCAGGAUCACAUUUUUAAAUGGACCACUCCCUACGCUCUUUUGUACGCUGACGAAGGUCGCAAUUUUCUCUCGGAUCGCGCUUUCUCCCACAUGCAGCAGGUCAUUCUCGCCUCUGUGGACCACAAGACUCGAGUCACCAACGCGGCUGGACCGCUUCGCUUCACCCAAUACUGCGAUGAGUUUUCGAUAUCGGAGUUGGAUAGGAUGCCGGCAUCAGAUGCUCUCUUGGCGGCAUUUGUGUCUAGUGGGGCUGCAAAGGUCGGUUCGGCGCAGCAUUGGGUAGACGGGUUGCGAUUGUGGCACGACGUGCAUGGAGCUCCAUGGUAUGGUGGCCCACUCCUUAGCCGCGCGUUGACCGGGGUGAAGAAGCUGGCUCCUGCGUCGUCGCACCGUGCUCCUCGCCCCCCGGUAACGUACGAGCAUAUGGAGGCGCUCCUUCGACACCUCGACUUCAAGAAUACGAAAGACUGUGCGGUUUGGGCUGCGGCUUCCGUAGCCUUCUGGUCUUGCUGCCGGUGUGUGUUCCUUUGUUCCCUUUGA